GAAGCGCGCGAUUGCUUGCCGAGAGCGGCCGGCUUCCUCGGUUGCAGUUUUUGCGCGCGGAACGAUCACUUCGUCUCUGUCGGCGCGGUGCGUAGAGCGACCGGAGCGUGUUCGAGGAUCUGUCUGUGGCGCAGACCAACGAGAUCGCUCCCUGCAUCCUCUUUCUAGGAUCGCCGCCGAUCGCGGAGGCAAAUGCGUUCCUUCGAGUAGGUUUGCGACGUAGGUGAACACAUAUACGAAUUCGAUCGAAGGGGACGCCGGACAUCAUCGAAUGUGCAUCACAAUCUAUCGAUAAUGUCAAACUCAGAGGAACCAGAUACUUGCGUGCUUGACACGCAAGAGAUCAACAAAGGGAUCGAUGAGGAUUCCAAGAAGAGAGGUACCAACGAAAGCCAAAACGCAAGCUGGAACGAAAGCCAAGACUUUCGUCUUGUUGUCGAAGGAGAUGAGAGCAUGACCGAUAAUGUGAAGCUGGUGGAAGAUAAAGACAUCAAUCUCCAAAAGUCUGAUUCACAACAGAUCGCAAACACAUCGCAGACAGAUGAUAAAACAAUGGCUGCGCAGCCAUUAAAUGAAGAGAUCAGACAUAUCGGAGAUGAAAAGGCAGAGGAAGCAGGAGAUGUCACCAGUGAAAUAAAGGAUUCGGACAAGAAAGAUGAGCUUUCCGACGAGGACGAGAUCAUCCAAGCUACACCACCGCAGAAUCACUCGCCCUCUAGGAAAGGAAUUGACAUUGCGACAAGUUUGAAGCGCAAAGCUGGCUCCUUCGACGAACCACCAGCUAAAAUUGCCAGAACAAUAUCCGUAGAUAAUGUAGAAAAUCCUGAAAAGCAACCAGAGGAGGAAGAAAGUCAUCAGUCUGGCGGUUCUGACGACUCGUAUCAAGAUUUGUUCAAGAACAUGGACAAACAUGAGAUAAUAGAAGAGACUCAGGAUCCUAGCAACCAGGAGUUCGCUCAAAACUCUUUGGCCAGUUCUCAGGAACGCGCGACGAUCGAUAAUGACAAGACAGAGAAACCUCGUCACUCGGAACAGGCAGCGGAUCAGUCAGAAGAAGUUUUCUCCGAGAAAUGUUGUAAUGCGGGGAAGGACGAGAAUCUAAACGUUUCCAGCAAACUAACCGAUGUCAGCGCAAACGACAGCAUUCUCGUCAACGCGAAUUCCAUCAACGAGAGCGACUUGCAGGUGAAAGACCACGACUUGUCGACGGAAGCGAAGAGGGACGCUGAUUCGACCUUGGUUACCCUAGACGAGAAAUCCGCGACUGAAACUUUAGAGGAGAGAUCUGGGAAAGUAGAGGAUAUGGAAGCAUCUUUUGAUGAGAGCAACAAGAUUGAGCAGACGAAUUGCACGGGGAAAACCGUUGAGAAGGAUGAGAAUAAGGAGAUCUCGUCUUCCCAGACCAAAUUGCGAAGCAGUGUGGAACUGAUAUACGAAGGCGCAAGUCAGGCUAGUGCAGGGGAUGACAAGAAGCUGGAGGUGGUGCAGAUCGACGAGGACGAGAAGACCGUCGACACGUCGGCCGAGGUGAUCUACGACGGCAAGAGCAGCAAACAGGAGCCGGAAGUCGUUGAGAUCGUCGACGAGUCGCGCGAGGAGAACGACAAGACUCGUCCGGGGUUCUUCCAGGAUUCAGGGGAGGGCUCCGAGGUGCAGACCCUGGGAAAGAGCAGCUUCGAGAAUAAGAGUGACAGCGAUUUCAGCUACAAGGAGAGUAUGAAGGAGUCGUCCUUGGAUUCGAGACCACUAACGGAUAGCAGAAUGGUGAACGGUAGCCUGGAAUCCAAGAAGAACGACAACCCUGACCAAACCCUGAGCGUGGAAUCGGACACCUUCUCCUGCGACGCAAUUUUUACGAAAGCUGACAGUAAAGUAGAUAGUGUGAAGAAACUGGACAACAUCAAGAGCGGUGCCUUCGUAUUCAGGGAUCCGGAUAACAUCGAGAUCAUCAAUCUAAGCGAUAAUGACACGUCUAAUGCGGAGGAGAAGAGCAAGUCUGAACCGGUACACAACAGUGCUCCGGUUAAGACUAUCCAGAUGGAGCGGGAAAUCGGUCUCUAUGUCAGACUGAAGUGCACGAUUCACGUGGACGAGAGCACGAAGGAGUGCGUGAGCAAGGAGCUGACGGCGGUGCAUUGCGAGCCCGCGGUAAUCGACCCCAGCCUGGGUAGGCAGAAGAACGAAGACAGUCAAUCUACUCUGUUGGCGGACAUCUCCGACAACAAGGACUCGCCGCCCGGUUCCGUCAACAGCAACCCUCAGCUGUACCAGCUGAACCCCCGACUGUCCAUCAUGUCUUCCAUCAGCUCGUCGAGCUCCGCCUUGUCCAGCGCCGCCGCCCUGAACGCGAAGAUCCAGAAGAGCCAGGUUUGGUCGCUGGCGAGGCGAGACGUCAAGAAGUCCUUCCAGGACUCGCUGCCGACGCACGAGACGCCGAUGACCUACGACCGCGUGACCCGCGAGUGGAAGAAUCACCAACUGCUGACCUCGACGGUGCUGAGUGUCGCCAACACGGAGCUCUUUACCGCGAACAUCAGCGGCAACGUCGAUCUGAUGGAUCCUCGGAACCAUCUUCAGCAUCUUAGGAGCAACUUCGUCCGUUCGUCGACGCCGGAGGAGGCUGCGGAGGCCAAAAUCGAGCUCACCACAACCCCGAAGAGCACGAAGAAAGGGAAAGCUGUGAAGAGACCCAGGAGCAAAAUGGCCAGGUCGAACCAGACCGGCAACAACGUGGCAAUCGCGAACGCCGAGCAGACUCCGCAAGCCUCCGCUUCCGUCGCGGAGGCCGGAGACACCCCGUCCAACAGGAAGAAGAGCAGACUGGAAAGUACGGAGAGCAAGGACGUCCUGGCGAAUUCGUCGUCGUCACCGUCGAAUGAUCCGGCUGACGAACUGAUCGGCAAGAGCGUCUUCGCCAAGUGGUCGGACAACAAUUACUAUCCCGGUAGGGUGAGCGAUCGGCUCAAGACCAAGUACAAGGUGAACUUCUACGACGGCAAGAGCAAGACCCUGAUACCGGAUUUCGUGAUACCGAUACCAAAGAUUCUUAGGAACGGUCUGUCCGUGUACGCGACCACGAACGAUUACGGCUGCUGCGGCAUCAUCGUCGACUCCACGAAGUCAUCGUCGACGAUGAGCAACGGAGACCAGGACGAUAUCAGUAGCGACACCUACUACACGGUGGAGACCGACGACGGUGAGCGAUUGCGCGUGCAAAUGCAGGACAUCUUCCUCUUGCCCGGCCAGGCUCAGGUGCUCAAGGAGGAGGUGGACUCCAAGAGCUCGUUGCCGAGCACCCCGAAGGUGCUCGGCCAGGUGACCCUGGACAACAUGGUGGACGGUAAGCGACGCUCCAAGCGAAUCGGUACCCCGGGUUUCUCUACGCCAAAGUCCAAGGGCAGCGGGACCAGCGGCUCGACCAGCAAAACGACCAGCGUCUCGGAGCCUUCGGUGUCCGGCGUGUCUGUCCGGUCCAAGGACAAGGCGAUCUCGGAGAACGAGGGCCUGUCGAGCGGCGAGUCGAACGUCGAGUCGGCUGACGACGAACUCGCUCUGAGAGGGGUGCAGAGGGAGAUCACCGGGACGUAUCAGAAGGGCCCGCAGAGUAGGAUCAAGGGCAGGAAGAAUAGGAAGAACGCGGAGGAUCCGGAGACCGUCGCCAAACUCGGCCCGAUCCCGCCCGCCAACUCCAACAUCUUCAAGGGCAUGUCGUUCAUCCUCACCUGCCUGGCCUUGAAAGACUUAGACAGGAAUCAAGAUGUAGUGCAGGCUACAUCUGGCGUGGAGACAGAAGCCACCGACACGGAUACCGAGAACGAGGAGGAUUGGAACGUGACAUUCGACCGCGAUAGAUUGCAUAAGCAGAUCCUGGCUGGUGGCGGCAAGAUCUACGAAGAAUUCGAGCAGAUACCACCGGAGGAGUACAAAAGUACAAAGCUCAUCACGAAUGUGCCGAACAGGACGACGAAAAGCAUACUGUGCUUGUCGGUCAAUAUCCCCGCGUGCAAUCAUAAAUGGAUCAUCAGAUGCUGUUCAGAGGGAAAAAUCGUAAGCGCAGCGGAGAACGCGCUUCCGACCGGUUGGAGUUUUCAGAAGAACGCCUAUGUGGAAACGUUCCAAACAAGUAAGAGUAAGCCGCUGUCGGAGAUGAUCGUGAUAAUUCCCAAUUUGAUAUACGACAGGCUGUUUGUCAUACUUUGGGAGAAAGUUUGCGAGAACGCGGGCGCGGUGGUCUUAAUCGCCGAGAAUUUAGGAAGCAUGGAAGCUAUGGAUUUCGACAAUAAUGAUGUAGUAGUCGUGUCCAAUCGAAAAUGCCCAUCGUGGGCUGUGGACAGAGCAAAUCACUUGAGAAUUCCGAUACUGUCCACGAUGUGGGUGACUCAGUGCUUAAUCGAGGGUAAACGUUGUCCACACGAUCAGCAUCCGCGUUACAGAUACAAUUACAUGCCAAAUUAAGAGAGCCGAUUAUUAUUAGUUUAUUAUUUGUACCCUAUGUUGUCUAGGAUCAAUGUCAUUUUGUAUAGAAUUGUAUGUAUUUUAUUUCCUCUUUCGCAAUUUUUAAUUUUUUUUCUUCAUUAUCUCGUACGAAACUGCAAAACGACUCUAUCCUGUUGCGAAUUACGAGAUUUUUCAAUUUUAUUUUUUUUUACGUGCAUCUCUAUUAUUGUUUUUAAUU